AUGUUUUCCCAGCAGCCACAGGACUUGGUUGUGGUGGCUGGCCAACCUGUGACAUUACCAUGUUCUAUCCCUGGUUACCAUGGGGUUGUCCUUUGGAUUAAAGAUGGUCUGGCACUUGGGGUUGGCAGGGACCUGUCAGGCUAUCCACGUUACACAGUAAUUGGCGACCAUGGUUCAGGAGAGCAUCAUUUGCGAAUCCAGCGUGUGGAGCUGAUGGAUGACGCAGUGUUUGAGUGUCAGGCCGUCCAAGCUGCCAUGAGAUCACGCCCAGCCCGCCUCACUGUGCUAGUUCCUCCCGAGGACCCCGUCAUCAGCGGAGGGCCAGUGGUGAGCCUGAGGGCUGGCGACCCACUCAAUUUAACUUGCCAUGCGGAUAACGCCAAGCCAGCAGCCUCCAUCAUCUGGAUCCGCAAUGGAGAGGUCCUCAAUGGGGCCAUGUACUCCAAGACCUUGCUUCGUGAUGGAAGGAGAGAAACCACCGUGAGCACGCUUUACCUGUCACCUAACAACAUUGAGACAGGCCAACAGAUCAUCUGUAAGGCCUCAAACAAGGCUGUCCCUAAUGGCAAGGAGACCAGUGUCACAAUCGACAUUCAGCACCUGCCUCUUGUCAAUCUCUCAGUGGAGCCUCAACCGGUUCUUGAAGGUAACCUAGUGAGAUUCCAUUGCUCUGCAAAGGCCAACCCUCCAGUCACACAGUACAGGUGGGCCAAAGGAGGAAGUAUAAUAAAGGAGGUCUCCGGUGACACUUAUGAGGUGAUUGUGGACCACUCGUUCUUCUCGGAGCCUGUUUCCUGUACGGUUACCAACCAACUCGGAAGCACAAACGUUAGCCAUAAUGUCGAUGUCUACUUUGGGCCUCGCAUGGCUGCAGAACCUCAGUCCUUGCAGGUAGACCUUGGUUCUGAUGCUGUGUUCAACUGUGCUUGGACUGGAAAUCCUUCUCUCACCAUAGUGUGGAUGAAGAGGGGCAGUGGAGUGGUUCUUAGCAAUGAGAAUCUUCUAACAUUGAAAUCCGUGCGGCAGGAAGAUGCUGGGAAAUAUGUAUGCCGAGCUGUAGUUCCAAGAGUUGGUGCAGGAGAAAAGGAAGUUUCACUCACUGUCAACGGGCCACCCACCAUUUCAAGCACUCAGACACAACAAGCCUUGCAUGGAGAGAAAGGACAAAUCAAAUGUUUUAUCCGGAGUACUCCUCCCCCAGACCGAAUUGCCUGGUCCUGGAAAGAGACUGUAUUGGAGUCUGGGACGUCCGGUCGCUACACAGUAGAGACAGUCACCACAGAGGAAGGAGUCAUCUCCACACUGACAAUGAGUAACAUCGUGCCAGCUGACUUCCAGACCAUUUACAACUGCACUGCGUGGAACAGCUUUGGCUCAGACACCGAGAUCAUACGCCUUAAGGAACAAGAAUCCCUUCCUGUGGCGGUGAUCAUCGGCAUUGCUGUGGGAGUAUUUGUGGCCCUCAUUGUCCUCAUGGGCACCAUCGGCGCAUUCUGUUGUACCCGCUCCCAAAGAAAGGAAGCGCACCUGGUUAUGCCCUCACUGCCCGUCUCCAUCUGUGCUCACCAGAGAGAACUUGCAAGCAAAAUUAAAACAGAAAAUCUGAAAGGAGUUGUGUCUGCAAAAAACGACAUCCGGGUAGAGAUUGUGCACAAAGACCAUAAUGCUGCUAGAGAAAAUGAAGAGCACGCGUCCAUGAAACAACUGAUGGUGGAACGUGGGGAUUUCCAGCAGGAGUCGGCUCUGAAGCAGCUGGAGGUUCUGCAAGAGGAGGAAAAAGAGUAUCAGCACAUUAAGGACCCCACAAAUGGCUACUACAGUGUCAAUACCUUCAAGGAGCACUCGACACCAACCAUGGCAGGGAACCAAUCUACUGAGGGGAGAAAUCCAACAAACACCAGCACCCUGGGCAAGCAGCGGGUACCAACAGGCAUGUCCUUCACCAACAUCUACUCCACUCUGGGAGCAGGCCCCAAUCGUCUGUACGACUACAGCCAACGCUUUGUGUUGGGCAUGGGAAGCAGCUCCAUUGAGCUCUGCGAGCGGGAGUUCCAACGUGGUUCAUUAAGCGAUUCCAGUUCCUUUAUUGACACACAGUGUGACAGCAGCGUCAGCAGCUACAGUAAGCCAGAUGGCUAUGUGCAGUUUGACAAAGACAGUAAGGCAUCGGCUUCCUCAUCGUCCCACUACUCCCAGUCCUCAUCACAGAACUCUGACCUAACCCGGCCCCUGCAGAAGCGGAUGCAGACCCAUGUCUGA